AAUCACAAUGUGUUCCUCAAGUUUCAAUUUUUCCAAAUUACAAACUACCGUUAUCUGAAACAUCUCUCUCUUUUUCUCUACGUGUUCUGCAACUUGAACAACUUGAAUCCACACACCAAGGUUGUAUUGUAACUAGCCAUGUCUUCUUCCUACGGUGGAUACGGACAUCAAUCUCAGUAUGCUCCAUCUGCGCCUCAACAACCUCCAUAUUCUAGUUACUAUCAGACUUCUACUUCCAAUGUUCCUCCGCCUUCAAAUUCUUCCUCCAGUUACAAUUAUGCCAACGUUUCUUCAUCUGGGUCUUCAAGUUUUCCACCAGGGACACCCCAGGAUGUGAUUACCAGCUUUCAGAUGGUGGACAGGGAUCGGAGUGGCUUCAUCGAUGAGCGGGAACUGCAACAAGCUCUCUCUUCUGGAUUUCACCGUUUUAAUCUCAGCACCAUUCGUCUCCUUAUGUUCCUCUUCAAGAAUCCACACCAACCCCUCGCAGUUGGACCAAAGGAAUUUGCAGCACUCUGGAGUUGCCUUGGUCAAUGGCGAGGAAUAUUCGAGAGAUAUGAUAAAGACAGGAGUGGGAAAAUUGAUCCAUUAGAACUAAGAGAUGCUCUGUAUGGUAUUGGUUAUGCUGUACCUGGUUCAGUUCUGCAACUUCUGCUUUCCAAGUAUGGUGAUGGAAGUGGAAGAAGGGUUGAGCUUUGUUUUGACAGUUUUGUCGAGUGUGGGAUGAUUAUUAAGGGUCUCACUGAUAAAUUCAAGGAGAAGGACACACGUUAUACUGGUUCUGCUACACUUUCAUACGAUGCCUUCAUGACCAUGGUUCUUCCUUUCCUUGUAUCUUAUGAUUGAUAAAUCGCAGAGAUUUCCAAGUUCUUUGGUGCUUCAUUCAAUUGAUUGUUUUGUUGUGAAGAAACUUUUAAUUCGUUAUAUUCAUUUGAGUUCCGACAAUUAUACCUCAUUCAUUUACAUUUAUUGGACCAGCAAGGGGAGUUUGUGGCAAGAAAAGUUAUUAGUAGAGAGUAGGUGGUGAGUGGUGGAAAUGUGUGUAUAUAUAUAGAAGAAUGUAUGUGCUUAAACUUUUUUUUUUUUCUAUUACUUUUGAUUCUAAACAUUAUGUAAGAGUUGUACAUGACUAUGGGGUGAGAUGUGCUAUGUACCCAUACUUUGUUUGAGUAUUUAUCAAUAAGAAGAAAAUGAAAAGUGGUAAUGAAUGAAUAUUACGACAUUUUAUGAA